AUGGCCGAACAGACGGACGUAGGUGCUGACUCUUCGAGACAUAUUCAAUGGAUGUGGCAGUCGAAUGCGGAUCCAUGGGAUAACUCUCAAGCAGCCAAAUGGAGUCAUUAUUCAGAUGUGGAAAACUGCAUUAUCGAAGAAGCAUUCAUGGCUAAGCAGACUUGUGCCAUGCUGGAUGAUUACCACAUUGAUUUUCAACAUAAUAUUGAAAUCUUCAACAAUGAUGACACAAAGCAGAGACCCGUCAAACGAUUCAUGGGCAACAGAGAUGAUAUGCAUUCACCAAAAGAACGUUUUAUGCCUGAUCCUAUUGCUCCCAAACGUCCUUACGGUGGUCAAUACGGUUGGAUUUCACCCUUCAUACUAGAAGUGAGAAAGGACCUGAAACUUGAACCAAAGCAAUUACCUUCAUGCGAUGAAACAAUCGUUCCAACUAUUGUUGAGAAGGCUGCCCGUGGUAUUGUUGAAGAAGGCAAAAAACAAGGAAAACAGCGUGUUGAAUCAGAAAAGUAUGAAAUAUCAAACACUUCAAAUCAAACACAAACCAGCGAACCAUCUACUCGUAAUGUUGUUCUUGAUAAUGAUGAUCAUCGUGCUCGUGCUAUUCUUGUUCAUAAUAUGCGUCGUCAUCUUGAUGAGCGUGGUCAACGUGCUGAUGAUAAUCGUCUCCGUAGUCUUGCUCGUAAUGCUGAUGAUGAUCAUAUCCUUAGUCUUGUUGGUCUUGGUGAUCGUGCUGAUCCUGAUGAUAUGAUUGAUUUCUGCUAUCUUGAUGACGAACUCCGUGAUGCUGGUCUUGAUCAUUCUUCUAUUGAUCGUGAUCGUAAUCUUCUAGACAAUCGCUCUAAUGAUAUUGUGGAUCGUCUUGAGAACAUUCUUCGUCCUUUACGUCGUCAACUUCGUGUUUCUCGUAAUCAUCUUAGUGGUCAUCACGAUAAUGUUGAUGAUGAUCGUCCUCUUGAUCCUUAUCAUGUUUACCUUAAUUUGUUUCGUUCUCUUGAUAAUGUAGUUCGUGCUGCUAAUGGUAGUGGUCUUCAUAUGGAUCCCUUACCUGAUAUUUCUGAUGAUUAG